AUGGCGCCUUUCAGAGGAAGAGGAGGCUCACGAGGUGGCCCACGGGGCGGUUCAAGAGGAGGAAGUAGAGGUGGGAGCUUUGGAGGCCGCGGUGGCAGCAGUUUUGGUGGUCGCGGUGGAGGAUCAAGAGGAGGAGGAAGAGGAGGAUUUGAUCGCGGCAGUAGUCGAGGUGGUGGCCGGGGAGGAAGAGGAAGGGGUGGAAGAGGAGGCAACAGAUUCGGAAGAACCGAGUUCCGCACAAGCAGAGUCGACGAACCAGAAGAUCAACCUUUCCCCGAGAGCGGCGAUGAGAGCGAACCCGACGACGAAUCUAUGGACGACCAAGACGAUCAAUCUGUAGGAAGCGGCGAUGAAGAUGCUCCUGCCUCCAAAGUCCGCGCAUACAACGCCCUUCUCCAAUCCUUCCAGCAAGAGUCAGACGAGCCUCGUCGCAAGCGCAGAAAGAUUGAAGAAACCCCCAAGGAUGACGAGAGCGACGAGGGAGAGGAUGCUGCUUCAGAAGAUGCCUCGGAUGUUUCAGGAAGUCAAGAUAGAGUCCAAGACGAGGAACAAACACAAGAAGAUAGACACAGCGACGCCGAAAUCGAGCAGGACGAGGUCGACGACGACGAAGAUGAGGAUCCAACAGACCCCUUUGACCAACACUUUGCCAACCCGGAAGCCAACGACCUUACUCAACGUCUCAAAGCAGUCACAGACAACCAGUGGCGCUCGGAAAAACUCAAGGUCAUGAAGGACGGCAGUCUGACCAUCUCUCUUCCCGAAUCUGCUCCUGCUUCGUCACGUAAACCACUCAAAUCUGUCUCGCAACUCAAUCUCAAGCAACGCAUCGCAGAGCCUGCGGCAAAGCACAUUGGUACUUUCAGCGAGCUGGGACAAGCGAUUGCACCUUCAAUCUACGCCUACCAGGAUGUGCUGUGCGGCGCCAGAACCGUCGAAAACGCCUCCGAGCUUAGACACGUGGCUGCUUUACAUGCUCUCAAUCAUGUCUACAAGGGCCGCGAUCGCGUACUUAAGAACAACUCUCGUCUGGCAGCUGCANGGGCAGACGCUGAUCUCGAACUACGUGAUCAAGGCUUCACCCGCCCCAAGGUUCUUGUCUUGCUGGAGACCCGCAGUGCGGCUGCAAAGUACAUUGAUGCUCUGAUUUCCCUCUGCGAGCCCGAACAACAAGAAAACAAGAAGCGCUUUGAAGACGGUUUCGUACUGGACGAAUUGAAGUUUGGCGGCGAAGGAGACUCACAUCCUACAGACUUCCUCGAACUUUUCGAGGGCAACGACGACAACGACUUUCGCCUAGGCAUCAAGUUCACCCGCAAGACUGUGAAGUUCUUUUCGCAGUUUUAUGCUUCGGACAUUAUUCUUGCGUCACCUCUUGGUCUACGCCGUAUCAUCGAGCACACAGAUCCCAAGAAAGCCGACAGCGAUUAUCUCUCCUCGAUCGAGAUUUGCAUUGUAGACCAAGCAGAUGCCAUGUUGAUGCAAAACUGGGACCAUGUAGACUUCGUCUUCCAACACCUCAACCUCCAACCUAAAGAUGCACACGGCUGCGACUUCAGUCGCGUACGAAACUACUAUCUCGACGGCCAAGCCAAGCAUUUGCGUCAAACCAUUAUUUUCUCAGCAUAUGUGGCUCCCGAGCUCAAUCGCCUCUACAACGCCCACAUGCUCAACAUUGCUGGAAAGGCAAAACUCACACCUUUCUACCCAGGCGUAAUCGGCAACAUCGAUCUCGAAGGCAUGAAACAGACCUUCUCCCGCUAUGACUCGGCAUCACCUCCCACCGACCCAGAUGCUCGCUUCAAAUACUUCAACACAGCCGUUCUCCCCUCCCUUCUCCGUGUGCCGAAACCAUCAGAUGGUGGUCCUGGUAUCCUUCUCUUCAUCCCCUCAUACCUCGAUUUUGUGCGAGUGAGGAACUACUUUGCCAACUCGAACGAGACGCAACACAUUUCCUUUGGCGCCAUCAGCGAAUACACACCCGUGCCCGACCAACGACGCGCACGCAGUCAUUUCCUCACUGGCCGCCACAGUGUCCUUCUCUACACUGGCCGUGCACACCAUUUCCACAGACUAAGACUGAAGGGUGUGCGAAGAGUGGUCUUUNACGCUCUGCCCGAAAACCCAAUCUUCUAUACCGAAGUCGCGAGAGGCUUCUUGGGAACUAUGGUUGCAGAAGGUAAAUUAGAUCCCACUGAGGCUGGUGUUAGGACUAUCUUUUCGAAAUGGGAUGGGUUGAAGUUGGAGCGUGUUGUAGGAACCAAACGCAUUGGUGCUAUGUUGAGGGACAAGGGCGGAGACACCUUUGAUUUUGUUUGA